AGGCUAAUAUAACCAAGAAAUUAUUUGAUUGAAUUCCCCUAGUUGUCUUUGUAUUUGUACAGGAAUGGCAGGAGGAACAAGCUACCAACCAUACAAGAUCUUCAAUGACCCCAUCCAUGGCAGCAUCGAGAUGCAUCCAUACCUGGUCCGCAUCAUCGACACACCUGAGUUCCAGAGGCUGCGCUACAUCAGGCAGAUGGGGAGUGUCUAUUUUGUAUACCCGGGGGCUUCCCACAACCGCUUUGAGCACUCCAUCGGGGUGGCUCACCUGGCAGGUGAGUUGGUUCAGGAACUGAACAGACGGUAUCACCAUGGGAAAGACACCAACCUGGACCAGAAACUUCAAGAAAUUCAUGAGGAGAGAAAGAAAGAUUUGACCACCAAGUAUAAGGAGGAGCUGGAGCAGCUGGAGCAGCAGGAUGUUGCUUCUUCUGAUGACCAGGGUGAGUUCUGAGUGAUCAGCGCUUAUAAACGACGAGCUGUCAAAAAACGACAAGCAGUGUGGAGAGAUCACUAAGGACCUGAGCUUAUAACCGGACAUCAGCAGUCUAUUCAUAUAAAUAGAGAGCAACAGGAUCAAUUCUCAGGUGUACUCCUGUAAAACUCACAUUGACAGUAGAUAGUCUUAAUAAUGAUCAGAAGUCUCUUUUUUUUAAUGUGCACUGACACACAAAUGCUCAAAAAAUAACUAUUUGUGCCAAACUGUGUUUGUCUUGGACAAUGUCUCAGAUAUGGAUGAAAGCAUUUGGCAUGCAAAAAAAACUGUAACAUUGGUGUCAAUGUGUGAUGAUUAUAAUACCUGGCAUUUAUGAAUGAGUGUCAUGUUGAAAUAUACAGUAAAAUAGUUUUGAUUAAUUAGAUGCUAUUAAAUUAAAUAAAAGAUUAAAGUUGUAUGGCUUGCUUUUGAUAUUUGCAAGAGCAGUUUGAUUUUAGAAUCAACAACCUGUAUUCGUGUAAAAUGUAAAGUAGCUGAACAUAGUUGAAAUACCCAUAAAUAAUCACAGAGGAAUGUACCCAUUACACCACCAGCAAAUAUCUGUUCAAAGU